GAAAACACAGACGUGAAGGUAACGUCUUAAUUUCGUAUCGCUAGCAGCUCCAGCGUUUACGUUAACUAGCUAGCCUAGCUGACCUAGCCGCUCGGUAUCGCUAGCUGCCUGUGUCGAGCUGAACUUCAGUGACCGCUGCAAAUCACCACGAACAGUUUCACGUCAUUUUUACUGAAAUUUACUCUGAAACACGCUGCUUUGGAUCAGGAACCUGGGGAAUUUGUCUGGGAAGAACUUUCACUACCAGAUGGUUUCAGAGCAGAAAAUCAGACUGGAUAGCAGGAUGUUCCCACAGCCUGAGCUGACAAGCUUCAUUGUGUCCUAAGGAUGCUAAAUAGGCUUUGACAAAGCGUGCAAAGAUGAGUGUGACCUCUUGGUUCCUGGUGAGCAGCUCGGGCACGCGCCACCGUCUGCCACGAGAGAUGAUCUUUGUUGGCAGAGAGGACUGCGAGCUGAUGCUGCAGUCUCGCAGUGUGGACAAACAGCAUGCUGUGAUCAAUUAUGACUCCGCUGCAGAUGAACACCUCGUCAAAGACUUGGGCAGCCUCAAUGGGACUUUUGUGAAUGACCUCCGUAUCCCUGACCAGACCUACAUCACCCUGAAGCUCUCUGAUGUUGUUCGCUUCGGAUAUGAUUCUCACGUUUACAUCAUGGAGCGGAGUCAACACAAGGUUCCAGAGGAAGCCCUUAAGCAUGAGAAGUACACCAGUCAGCUGCAGAUGGGACUAAAGGCUCUGGAGGCAAAGAAGAGAGAACAGGCAGAAGAGAAGAGCCGAAAACCCACAGAAUCGCCUUGCUCCAAGCAGGGCAAGAGCGAGGGCAAAUCCACCACAGCUGCAGAGCCUCCAGUCUCCAAGCCCACUCCUUUGUAUGGCCAACCUUCAUGGUGGGGUGAUGUUGAUGAGAAUAUGGGUCAGCAGAGGGAACCAAAUGCAGGAAAUCAAAAGGAAGACUCCAGGCAUGAGGUCAAUGGCUCCACCUCUGAACAUCAAGAUGGCCAAGGCAAACUUGUUUACUCCUACCAAAAGGAUGCAGAUUACUUUGAGAUUCCCACUAAAGAGUUGCAUUUGAGGCCCAAAACUGCAGAGCCAGAGGUUCAGGUGAUCCCCACAAAAGACACAGACAAUCAGGCCCCUUCUACACCCCCUGUAGUGCAAAGUCAUGCCUCUUUCACCAUUGAGUUUGAUGAGUGCACUCCUGGAAAGAUCAAAAUCAAAGACCACGUUACAAAGUUCUCAUUCCGCCAACGCAAGACCCCCAGCAAGGAGUCCGUUUGCGCACCAACAGAGGUGAUGUCAGCAGAGAGCAAAGUGGCUGAUUGGCUAGUACAAAGUGAUGCAAACAUGGCCAGGAGGAAGCCUAGAUCAGAAGAUCUUUAUAGCACGAAGAGUGACCUCUCUAUAAACAGAACGAUUCUGAAAGAUGGACAUCAUGAGGACGGCACACAGAGUGACUCUGAAGAUCCUGCCACAAAACCUCCACACGUUUCAAAGUCUGACCUGUCACCUCCACGCCUUUUCACUCCACCAGAGAGAGAAGAACCUCAUGCCAGCUCAACACCACACUCUCAAAGUCAAGGCAGACAGGAACCCCAGCAAGCUUUUGUCAUUGAGUUCUUUGAUGAUGUUGCACACAAGAAACGUUCACAGUCCUUUACCAACAACAUUUCUCCUCCAGAGUCCCAUGAGCCCCUCAAAAACAGAAUGGAGAAGAUGAAAAGUCCCUCCCAGACAGGAGAGAAGUCAAUCCCCACUCAACAGUUUACUGUUCCCCUUAAAGAUUCUGGUGGUUUCCAGAGAGCUGGAUCUCUGAGAAGGGAGAAAACUGACAUUCGUAUGAGUUCCUUUAACUUUUCUUCUCGUUCAGCUUCUUCAAAAACAUUUAAUAGCGUUGGCCGCAGGUCCAAACUGGCCCAGGACUUUGCAGCCGAGUUCCUCAGGGCCUCAAAACCCAUUUCCACUGCCACCUGGGAUAAGCCCCCUUCCUCUACAUCCUCACUAGCUUCUAACAUAGUAUCCAUGGUAACAAAUAAUUCUUCAACUCCGUCUCAACCCCCUGUUCCUACUUCUAUUCAGACUAAGGUUUCAUCACCGUCCCAUCAGCAAGUGCCCUCCAAAUCUCUACUCACUCCCACACCAGCCAAUUGUACAGAUGUCAAGAACACUAAAGGUUCCAGGCAAGAAGAAGAAGACAGCUUGAGUGAUGCUGGUACCUACACCAUUGAAACAGAGGGACCUGAUAAAGAGCUGGAGGAGGCACGUAACAAGAUUGAUCAGGUGUUUGGUGUUGGCGAGUGCCCUCAGCACAGCAGUCAGCCUUCAGCAGCAACAGUGUAUAGACCUGUAGGUCGUGACAGGGAGGGCCAGGAUAGCCUCCCGCUUAGUGAGAGUAGCCCUGGCCCAGUAUUGGGCCAUUAUCCAGGCUUUAGUGACCCAUCCAUUGGUCCAGCACAGGUAGAGUCAAUGAUCUUAACUACUGGCAGCACCAGAUGGGUCUCUCGCUGGGCUAGUUUGGCUGACAACUAUUCAGACUCGGGUUCAGUGUCAGGACUCUUUGACAUCCCAGCACAGAUGGAUCUUUCAGCAGAUGGACGAAUCAUCCAUCAGACGAUGCUAAAUCGAAACACUGACAGCACAGAAUCAGAGAGUGGGCAGAACUCCCGAGGACGGCGAAUUCUACCUCAGGUGCCCUCCAUCGAGAAGACAGAAACUCUACCGCCCAGCAUUCACAUUCGAUCGGACUCCUACCUGAACUAUGAGGGCAUGGAAAGGAACAUACGAGGUUCACAGCAGAAAGAAGACCUGCAGAAACUGUAUGUCCCGGAUGAUCUGGAACCAGAUAGCCUGAGUGAUGCCAGCAAGUCAGAUGAUGGCUCCAUUGUGGAGCAGGUUCGAAAAUCCGGCGCUGCAAGACCAGAGAAGAUAGGGCUAGAGGUUAAAAGUCAGACAUCGUCUAAACAUGAAGCUCUUGCUUCUGUUGCAGCCAAGAUGUUAAAGGACCAAGAUUCUACCCAAAAGUUCUCAACAGCUACUUUAACUAGACAGUAUGGCAACAAACCCAACCAUGCUCCCCCUAAUAGAGAUGCUUCUCAUUGUGAAGAAAACCCUGUAUCCCUCAUCAGGCAAGAGAGUUUUACUAAGGAUAGGUCCAGUGAUGACAUCCAUUUUACAAGAUUGCCCCAUAUCUCAAGUCCGUCGUCCAGCAAUGAUAAAAAUGCAUUCAAAGGAGUGUGCAGCCAAGACACUCAGUCUUACCUCAAAGAGACAGAGAAUGUUCUUGCGUCUUUGGAAGCCAGGCUUCAAGUACAGAAGCGUGACAGUGGCCCCUGCCCUCUGGAGGACUCACUUUCUGGGGAAUCAGAUGUAGAUACGUCCAGUACAGUCAGUCAACGUAGUGGUAAAAAUGCUGUCACUUCUGCCCCUAAGAAGCCAGUGAUCCUCAGUGAACUCUUGAAAGAGAGAAAAGCAGCCAGCCAGCAUGCUCAAGAACAAAACCGCUUUCAGUCACCUGGUGAUCCUCUUUCUCAGGCAUGCAGGUCCAGUCAAGCCGACAGUGAUUGUAAGGGGGAAUCAGAUAAGCGAUUUCAGUUACGUCGUAGUUCAGGAAAGCAUGGAUCUCUGGACUUUGGCAGUGAACCUCAGAGCUCCACUCUCCGUCAGUGGCCUGAAACUGUUUCAGACCAGGAGUCCAACUCUCGUCCUACUCAGAGAAAGUUCACCAUCCCUCUUCAGAAAGACAACUCAAGCAAAUCCACAAAAGGUACAGUAGCCCAAGCACUGGCCCGCUCUAACAGCCUUUCUGCUCCAAGGCCUACAAGGACCUCCAUGCUCCGCCGUGCCCGUCUAGGCGAAGCUUCUGACAAUGAUGGCACUGAGACUGAUCGAACAUCUCAGAAUUCAGAUGCCAACCCUUCAACCACCAGACCCCAAGAGAGCAAGAAGCUUUCCCGCUUGGACAUCUUGGCUCUACCAAGAAAGCGGGCUGGAUCUUUCACUACGCCCAGUGACACAGAGUCCUCUGCAGGCAAGACAGGCUUUUCCAACCGCAGCUCAGAGUCUGGUUUCUCAGCGCGGAAAGCUUCAAUCUCUGACCAGAAGACUGGUGCACAGAAGGGUUCAGGGGGAAUAUCCAGACAACCAAUCAUCCGUGGCCGCUCAAGCAGUGCAAAGUAUGCUAGCAGCACAGCUAGCUCCAGGAGACGUCAGAAGGGCUCAGACUACACCUCCACUUCAGAGGAGGAAUACGAGUCUAACCAAAGCACUCCUAAACAUAAACGAUCCCACCAUUCAGGAGCUUUGCACAGCUUAAGAACCCAGAAUCUUCUGCCAGUGCAGCCUAUCUCAAGAACCAGAGACUCUGAGGGGGAGGGACAUGAGAGUGAUGCCUUCCAGAGCUGGACAACACACAGUGCUGAAAUUGCAAGGUUGAGUCAGGACCUCGCUAAAGACUUGGCCAUUCUGGCUCAAGAGAUUCAUGAUGUUGCUGGAGAUGCUGAGCCUCAGAAUUCUGCUUCUGCUGAUACUGUGGAACCAGUGUCUGCUAUAUCCACCUGUGAAGAGUUGCGACAUCAGAUUCCUGAGACCAGCCUUAAUUACCCUAAAGUUCCACCAAUUUCAGCUGUGGUCAGGAACUCUGACCAGAUUAUUAAUGAUCAAAGCCUCAAGCAGUGCAGCUGGAACCAGGAACAGGUUGCUCUGGAUAAUGGGAUGCUGAAUCCCGUCUCCCAGCUUUCUGUGGCUAUCCGAGAAAACACAGAACAACUGACUGAAAAAAUCAAGCUUUUAUUCCAUAAUAAGAUGAAAGUCUGGGAGGAGAUUGAGGCAAAGAUUAAUACAGCUGAUGAUCCUCCACCUUUGGAUACUCCCAACAAGGAAAUAAUGGCUAUUCUCCAGGAUCUUAGAGGGAUUCAGAAACGGUUGGAAGUCAUCAAUAGAAUUCUUGAACCCAGUGGAAACCCAGAUGUAGCCAAAUCACCCGUUACCGGAGGCCAGUCUACAACUGGAUUAAGGAGCUUCAGAGUUUCUCCUAGAGAUUGGAGAACCACUUCGUCCCAGCGCGGUGGUGGCCCCUCAGCCAGCAGUCGAAGGUUUGGUAGAGAGGGGGAAAGUUUUGUUGUAUGAGAAUUAUUUAAGACCCCCCUCUCCUGCUGUCUACAUGCCAUGUCCACUAAAGCUGUGCAAUUGAACAGUCAUUGGUGACUAAUGCAAGUCACCAGUGUCAGAGCAUGCACAUUUAGUUACUUGAGUAACCUUCAAUGGCUUUUUUCAAGGUUUGGUGUUGAUGGGUCCAUUUGCACUAAGGUGUGUGUUUAUUGCACCAGAAAAAAACUCACGCAACACUAAGUACUUAAGGGUACAAAGCUGGUUCGCAUUGUUGAAAACAGUGUGUAAAGUGAGCUUUUGAGGCUGUGGAUCACUGGGAGAAAUUAUAUAGGUAUUUUUGGACCUAUUAGAUUUAUUCCAUACAUGGAAUAGAAACUAUUUGUGAUGACACUGUAUUUGAGUUUCAUUUUUGUUACCAUUUUGAUCUUGAUUGAUUUGAGGAGGAAAAUUAAUUUACAAAAAUAUGCAACUUUAUUCAGGGUAUUUUAUAUGCUGAGGUUCAUUAAAGAAUGUAUUAAAUAGAUGCAUUUCUUUUUCAUUAUUGCCGCAAUGUCACAAAUAGUGAAGUAUGCACUUUGAUUUCUUUGACGUUUUCUUGUGAGUUUUUUUUUUUCUUUGCUUUUCAACUUAUAAUCUGGUAACACUGUUCUCUUCAUAAUUGUAGUCUUCUGUCAAAACUGUCUGUUUGUCUGUAGUUCUUACAUGCUGAAAAACGAAGUUGCCCAGAACUGACAUUCCCAUGAACUAUGAAUGACCGAACAUGCAGUACUGUGCAGUGAGAGACCACCCUUCAUUCAUUCAUGUCUGUCUGUCUUUCUUUCUUUCUUUCUUUCUUUCUUUCUUUCUUUCUUUCUUGUCAAAACAACCUUUUAAUGAACCAAGUUUUUCAGGAGAUCUUUUUGAAGAGAUUAAAUUUAAUCCCCUUGCACGAGGAACAUCAAAGUCUGAGACUGGAGUUUAAAAUGGUAAAAUGAUGAUGGAACGUACAGAGAAAAUGGCACUAUUUGCUUCCAUGUAAGACCUGAUAGACCAUCAAAACUGUCACCAUCAUAUAAAGAGUACUUAAAGCUGUAGUCUUUGAGAGAGAGGAGAAAAUCCAACUCCGAUUCUGCUCCAAAUCUGAAAAGGAAAAUAAAAAAGAUGAAAUAUUUCAUAUUAAACAAAGAAGCUGUUGGUGGUCUCAGAACAGUGGACUGACCACCACAGAGUCCAGACCUCAACAUCACUGAAUGUGUGGA